AUGGAAGAUAUUGUGUCCUAUCAAUUCACUAAAGUACGACAGCGUAGAGAUGAGCGACAAGAGAUACAAUAUGAACUUAUUUUGAGGCAACAACCAAAACAAUCGAGGAUGUGUGGCAUAGGUGAGAAAGCUGAUAGACGUCCAAUUGAUCCUCCACCAAUAAUACAACUCAAAGUGUAUGAUGCCAGCUUACCACAAUCCGAAAAAAGUUCCUUUCUUCAGAAUCCAUACUUCUUCAUGUAUGCAUCCCUGGUGGCACCUGAUACUGAUGAAGAAUUACAUUUAUUGAGAGACGGAAAAACUCGUUCUACAACAGGUUCAGUCGUAUCUUCUUUAUAUCAUCUUAAAGAUAUUGAUAAUUCGGAUGCCGGAUUUUUCGUAUUUCCCGACCUUUCUGUGCGUAUGGAAGGAACUUACCGACUUAAACUCAGUCUUUUUGAAAUAAUUGGAAGAGAAGUUUAUCAUUGCAAGUCAAUCUUUUCUGAUAUCUUUAUUGUAUAUUCCGCAAAACGGUUUCCCGGCAUGGAAGAGUCCACAUUUUUAUCAAGAUCAUUUGCUGAUCAAGGUUUAAAAAUCCGAAUAAGGAAAGAAAUCAGAAUACGAAGGCGGUUAGCAAAACGUGAUAGGAAGGAACUAGAGUUGAUCGAUCAUUCUAGAUUGAAACGUCCACGUCCUGAUGGUAAAAGGGAUGAUGACAGUGGAGAAUCAUCUGAUGCGGAUUUACAUACUCCAACUGCCGAUGAUACACGUUCAAAAUUAAGUCCAGAGAUAAUACAUUCAAGCUAUGACAAACGUAAAGAUCAUACCAGCAUAAGUCCAUCAUCCCCGCGUCGAAUGUACGAACAUAUGCCACCUCAUAUUCCACAUUAUGAUCCAAACACACCAAUGUACGGACCAGGGCCAGGAUAUCCGCCACAUCGACCUCAUUCAUGGCAUGAUCGCCCAGAUUAUAUGACAGAUCCUCAUUACUCUCCUUAUUAUGAUCCGUAUGAUCGAAGAUAUGGCUAUCAUCCAUAUUAUUACCCACAUCCUCCCCCACCAAUACCUGAUGGUUCUGAUCACCAUCGUUAUCCAUAUCCAGCUUACGGUAGGCCACCAAUGUAUCCGGGACAACCCGCACCCGGAUAUUAUGAUACACCCCCAAGAGUUGGUCAUCCACCAAGCGAUUCUCCGGGAUCUGUCAGACCGUACGGAUAUGAUCCAUCAGGUUCUUAUCCGCCUCAACGUGCGCCUUGGCCGCAUUAUGGCGAACGUUCACAAUCAAGGGAUCCUAACUUGGAACCAUCAUCAUCUCAAUAUCGUGGAAGUGCUCCCGUGACACCUCCACCACCCCGUGGACAUCCAAUUUAUCCAUAUUCGGAUUAUUAUGCUCCAUAUGCACAUCCUCCGAUUCCACCACCACCGAAAACAGCGGAAUACGCCCCAGUUCCACCAAUUGAUACUUCUGGUGAUCCUAAUAACCCACAAUCUAAAAUACCAAUCCAAAACUUAUUUGCUACUGCACCACCCGCUCCCCAUCCAUCAAGAAUGUAUGGUGCUCCUCCUUCCGCAUUUGCUCAUAUUUAUCCUCAUCCAGCUCGACCACAUGAAUAUAUGAGACAUGAUCUUUAUGGCAGACCCCCAUACGAUGUAGGGUAUCCACCACGUGAUGUCGUAUCGCCAUAUGGCACUCCUAGUAGUAGUGCUGCCAUUAAAUCACCACCAGUGUCACAAUCAUCACAUUCCCAACAAGGUGAUACAGCACGUACUGCUCUAAUGUUGCCACCAACCUCUACACCAAUGACCCCUUCAUCAACAGAAAAGUCAAGGCAUAAUAUUGAUUACAAUAAUCCAUACGAACGUCGUUCUACAUUUUCGGGUGAACCUUUAGCAUCCACCAGUAACCCGAGUGCUACACCAGCUACAAAUCCUAUAACUCUACCUUCGUUAGUUCCAUUGACAUUAAGCGAUCGUAACGAACGUUUUGUGGCGAGUUCUAGUAGUCCUGCAUAUCAUUCAGUCACGUCCGCUCCACCAUUACAUACUACUACUCCUAGCUCGCAGCAAAUAAAUUCACCACAAUCACAAACACCUAAGCAAUCUUAUGAACAUCCAUAUUCUCAUUCCGCAUCGAAUUCACAAAACCGAGGAACCUUUGGUAUGACCUCUAGUUCAGACGGUAACGGAGGUAAUAAUAGUAGUAAGAACAAUGGUGUAAAACCCAAUUUGAGUAGUGGCAGUAAUGAAAAAUCUUCGCCACGGGCCGCGGGUUUUGAAGGUAAUUACCCGUUAAGACGACAAGGUGGUGAUGCGGAAGAUUAG